CAGUUUAAACCCUCAGACCUGCUCCUGUUCUUUGUGUUUUGCUCUCUGGAUGUAGGAGAUAAUCAUGUAAUGAGUUAUGAACAGACAAUAAGACUGAACACUGUUGUUCCAUCUGUGAUGAUGAUACUGGCAACUCUGAUGAUGUCACUCAGAUUAACUCCUCCAUUUCCUCUGCUGUUUCUGCUCAUGAUUUCAGGAGUCGUGUCCCAGUCGAAGUGGAGUGUGACUUAUUCACCGAGCUCCAUCUGUGCUCUAAAGGGAUCGACAGUGAUCAUGGGCUGCACAUACACAUAUCCAACUGAUUACACAGUUCAGAGAACUUUCUGGACCAGACAGUUGGUUAGAUAUGAAGAGCCUCCUGAUCUGUCUUCAGACCCAAAGUACAGAGACAGGAUUCAAUACCUCAGAGACAACCUGAAUGACUGCCGACUCAGACUGAGUGAUGUGACAGAACAGGACCAAGGCAAAUACUACUUCAGAUUUCUAACAAACAAAGGAGAAAAGUAUCAAGGUAAAGAUGGAGUUGACCUUUCUGUCACAGAUCUCUGGGUGGAGAUGAUUCCUGGUAGAGUUGCUGAGGGAGAUGAAGUUACUCUCACAUGUAAAACCUCCUGCAGUCUGACUAAGACUCCAAUGUUCACCUGGUACAAAGAUGGAAGUUAUUUCUCCUCCUCUAACCCACACCGUCUGCCAUCAGUCAGUCAGUGGGAUGCAGGCAGCUACAGAUGUUCUGUACAGGGACAAAGUUUUCUCUCCUCUGCUGUCCCUCUUGAUGUACAAUAUCCUCCAAGUAGAGUCUCAGUGUCCAUCAGUCCCUCUGGUGAGAUAGUGGAGGGCAGUUCAGUGACUCUGACCUGCAGCAGUGAUGCUAACCCACCUGUACAGAGCUACACCUGGUAUAAGGUGAAUGAAAGCUCACCUGUAGGAUCUGGACAGAGUUACAGCUUCACACUGACCUCCAGCAGCAGUGGAUGGUUUUACUGUGUGGCUCAGAAUAUAUACGGGAGUCAGAAAGCACCUGAAGUGGUUCUCACAUUAAAUGUAUGA